AUGAAGUUCAACGCCCUCGUCGCCGUCGCCGCCUUUGCCACGGCCACCCACGCCGCCGGCCAGGCCGUCGACGAGUCCGACUUUGCCGAGCUCGACGCCUUCCUCGCCAACAUCAACACGGCGGCCGUCGCGGCCGCGCAGUCGUCCAUCCAGGCCGGCGCGCAGCCCACCCCGGACGCCUCCACGCCCGCCUCCCCCGCCGAGUCGUCCCAGGCGGCCGCCCUCGCCGGCGCCGACGACGGCUUGCCCUCCGAGGCCGACAUUGACAAGCUCAUCGCCAGCGCCGCCGCGCAGUUUGGCUCCGCGGGCGCCGGCCUCCUCCCCACCGGCGCCGCCGCUGCCGCCGAGACGCAGGCCACGGCCCGCGACGCACAGGCCACGCCGAACCCUGCCGCUGUCGACGCCAUCAAGGGCGCCAUCGCGGCGGCCGUCGCCGUCAAGAACGUCGUUGCCAGCGCGUCGGGCGUUGCCACGGCCGCGGCGGCCGCGCCGACGGGCGGUCUGGUUGUGGAUGGCGGCCGCAACAACGGCUCGGAGCCGAACCAGGUCUGGACGGCGGCGGCGCCUCGCCAGGCCAUCAGCGGCCUGGCCGUUGCUGGCCUCGUUGCCGCCUACUUCCUGUAA